AUGACCAAUGAGGGCCAGCCUUGGGUUUCUCUUGUGGUGCGGAAGACCCGUCUACAGGUCUCUCAGGACCCCUCUCUGAACUAUGAGUACUUGCCCAUGGUGGGCAUGAAGUCAUUCAUCCAGGCCUCCUUGGAACUCCUCCUUGGAAAGCACAACCAAGCUAUUGUGGAGAAAAGGGUGAGACACCGAGUAAAGAUGCAGGGAUUAAACCUUAAACCUACAAGGGACCGUGGUGUUAAUAUUAUAAUUACUCCUUUAAGUGUGACUUCUUAUUGUUUGCUGACAGGUGGGGGUGUGCACACCGUAGGUGACAGUGGGGCCUUCAAGCUUGGGGCCCAGUUCCUCAGGACUUGGCAUAGGAAUUCACAGGUCGUUUGUAUAGUCUCCUGUCAAAAAGAACUGUAUGGCCUCGUCUUCCAGGACAUGGGCUUUAUAGUUUAUGAAUACUCCAUCUGGAGCCCCCAGGAGCUGUGCUCAGACCCUGGCAGGUUCUUCGAAGUGAUAGAGCAUAUCCCAGCUGACAGCAUCCUUGUGAUUGGGAACAUUGUUGACUGCAGGCUGACACAGAGUCAGUGGGCAAAGCUGAUGUCGACCAUUAAGAGCAAGCGCAUAUUCCCAUUUUUUGAUGUUCCCUGUCAAGGCUUAGCCACUGGUGACCUGGAAGAAGACGUUAGACUCUUACGAUACUUUGUGUCUCUAGGCUUUGAGUUCUUCUGCAGCCAGUCUCUGUCCAAGAACUUUGGCAUUUAUGAUGAAGGAGUGGGGAUCCUGGUCGUGGUUACACUCAGCAACCAGCACCUGCUGUGUGUCCUCUCCCAGUUGAUGAGCUACACCCAGGCCCUGUGGCUAAACCCUCCUGCCACAGGGGCUCGCAUCAUCGCCUCCAUCCUCUGUAACCCUGCUCUGCUUGGAGAAUGGUAA